UGAUUGGUCAGGAGGGCAGGUUUUCGCCCCGCCCCUCGCCGGCGUGAUGCUGUGUUUGUAGGUCGGAAGCAGAAAUCUACAAACAUGCCGAAAGAGGAAGGGUAAAACGCGUCUCGUUGUUGUUGUUUUUUGUUUGAUUUUGGAUUAUUUUGUUUAAGUUUUGCACGGAAGGCUCUUCGGGUACGGACAAUGGGGCUGGCGGUGUUUGUCGGCUGUGCUUUCAUUGCGUUUGGCCCGGCUUUUGCGUUGUUUACACUGACGGUAGCGGUCGAUCCGUUGAGAAUCAUAAUACUCGUUGCAGGGUCGUUCUUCUGGCUGGUGUCUGUGCUGCUGGGCUCUCUCGUGUGGUUUGUCGGGGUGCAGCUCAGUGAUCGUGGAAACCCCAGUCUCCAGUCCGGGCUGCUUGUUUUUGGGGCGGCCGUGUCGGUGCUGCUGCAGGAGGCCUUCCGCUUCGCCAACUACAAGCUGCUCAAGAAGGCUGAUCAAGGGCUAGCAUCUAUCAGUGAGGACGGCAGGUCUCCCAUCUCUCUCCAGCAGAUGGCGUACGUGUCGGGGCUGGCGUUCGGGCUGAUCAGCGGUGCCUUCUCCGGAGUUAACAUCCUGACGGACUCGCUGGGUCCCGGGAUCGUGGGCAUACACGGAGACUCCCCCCACUUCUUCAUCACCUCCGCUUUCCUCACGAUGGCGCUGGUGCUGCUGCACACUUUCUGGGGGGUGAUUUUCUUCGACGCGUGCGAGCGGGGGAAGUGGCUGGCUGGUAUGGGAGUGGUGGUCUCCCACCUCGUCACCUCAGCACUGACCUUCCUGUGCCCCUGGUAUGAGACGAGUCUCGUCCCCAUCUACCUCCUCACCGCGGGCACGGCCGCGUGGGCCUUCAGCACGGCUGGGGGGUCCGUCCGCACCCUGCAGCGCUGCUUUACCUGCAAACAGAAAAUUGACGAUCGCGUGGUGGUCUAUUCAGCUCUCCAGGCCCCCUCGGAGGACUAAGAAAGUGCCUGUCCAGUUCAUACAAGCAAUUGAGACAGGCAGCACUGCAGAGGACAAGGCCACCAACAAACCAGGGAUGGGAAUCAGACUCCCGCUGCACAGCAGUUUGAUCCAGUCCUGGUUUCACUGUGAGUUUAAUAAUCAGACACACCUGAGCUUGUUAGCUAGACACACUGGGGCUGAUCAAGCUGGUAGCAGUAAAACCUGGACUGGAUCACACUGCUGUGCAACAGGAGUCUGAUUCCCAUCCCUGCAAAAUGGACUAAGUAGAACUUUCGCAACUAUUCCUGAUCUGGCCACCAGAGGGAGCCGUGCUGCACAUUAUAAUGGACAGAGGCGAGGUGCUGGUACAGAGAAAACACAAAACAGAAACACUUCUGUAAUAAAAUCGGACAAAACGAAAGACGUCGCAGAGAGAGAGAGAAAGCGGUCGUGUACAUUUUGUCUCGUUUUAUUUCUCGUUUUUCAAGUGUCGAUUUGUUUGGGGGGGGGGGGGAAUCAUUUCCAAGGGCGUUUUACUGCGGUGGUUUCGCUUGUGAACGAAAAUAAAGAGUUUUGAGUCCAGAGAGAGACGUGGUUGAGAGAAACUGGAACGUUUUCGAUUUAAAUGUAUAUUUUUACGGGUCCUGUUUUGUAAAAUGUGAACAAUUGAUUAUCAAUGAUAUUGGGACGUUUCGGACUUCGAGUCCUUUAGCUGGAUGAAAAAAAAAAAAAAAGACACUUCAAAGACAAGUCGCUUCACCUCCUUGUGCUCCGUCCUUCAGAUGAGACGUCAAACAAACGAGCUCCUAUUGGAAGUGACUCUGCAGCAGCAGCAGCAGCAGCAGUUGAUGAUGAAGCAGAGUUCACCCUCCUAGUCUCUGUAAGUCGCUUUGGAUAAAAGCGUCUGCUGAAUGACUCAGGUGUUCAGCUUAAGAAAACAAAGUGGGUGGGUAUUUGUUUAAUGUAAAUAUAUAAUAAUGAUGAUAACUUCUUAAAGGAAGGUUACAGCGAGGCACAGACCCCCAGAUAUAUCCAGGUAUUUCAAGUCUUCCUUAUGAAUAAAGCAUGGAUGGGAAUCAGACUCCCGCUGCACAGCAGUGUGAUCCAGUCCUGGUUUCACUGUGAG